UUUUGAAAUAUAAAAAAAAAUUAGUACUCAACAAUUAUCUUAUUUUAACAAAACAUCAAUUUGCAAAAAUUGCUACUAAUAAUUUAAUUCAAAUACAACAAAAUAUCAAUAUUAUACAUUUAUUUGAAAAAGAACAAAUGAAUUUAGAUCUUGUUCAAACUUUAGCA